GCGGGAGGAGAGAGCGCCUGCGGCCUGUGCGGCGGUGACAGGGUAAUGGCGGUGGCUCUGCCGAAGGUGCAGCAGCUGUCGGCGCGGGUGGUCCGGGUACUGGGCUGCAACCCGGGCCUCAUGACCCUCCAGGGGACCAACACCUACCUAGUGGGCACUGGUCCCCGACGAAUCCUAAUUGACACUGGAGAAUCAGCGAUACCUGAAUACAUCAGCUGUUUGAGAGAAACUUUGUUCAAUAUGAAUACCUGUAUUCAAGAAAUUCUGGUGACACAUUGGCAUAAUGAUCACGUUGGAGGCAUACCAGACAUCUUGAAAAAUGUCAUUGAAGAUGAUAUUCAGAUUAGCAAACUUCCAUGCACACCACCUCAAAAAGAAAAGAUUGGAAAUGGUGAAAGGCAGUACACCUAUCUAAAGGAUGGAGAUGUGUUGAAGUCUGAGGGAGCCACACUGAGAGUUAUUUACACACCAGGACAUACCAGUGAUCAUAUGGCAUUAUUACUUCAAGAGGAAAAUGCUAUAUUUUCUGGAGACUGUAUUCUGGGCGUUGGAACAGCAGUGUUUGAGGACUUGUAUGAUUAUAUGGUUUCUUUGGAAAAGCUGCUAGCUAUUAAUGCUGACAUAAUAUAUCCAGGUCAUGGUCCAGUUGUGCAAAAUGCUUCUGAUAAAAUUAGAGAAUACAUAUCUCACAGAAAUAUGAGGGAACAGCAGAUUUUAAAGGUGUUUCAGGAGCAUAGUGAAAUGUAUUUCACCCCAAUAGAACUUGUUAAAACUAUUUAUAAGGAUACCCCUCUUCACUUUCAUCAAGCAGCUGAAGGUAAUCUUAAACACCACCUGAAAAAGCUGAUGAAGGAAGGAAAACUGAGCCACGAUAAUGCUACUCGGAAAUGGAAAAGCAACUUGUAAUGAAUGUCCAUCUUUUUAAUAGACAAUAGGUGCAAAAUUAGGCCAUUCGGGCCUUCGAGCCAGCACCGCCAUUCAAUGUGAUCAUGGCUGAUCAUCCCCAAUCAGUACCCCAAUCAUAUGGACAAUAUGGAGCCCUCUUUUUUUUUUUUAAAUGCUUUAAAAAAAAGAUUUGGUUUUUGAAGCACAGGUUUGGUAUCAAAAAUCUGAAAAUAUGUCAUAAAGUAUACAGAAGGAUAUCCAAAGGGAGUCUUCUGAUCAUCUCCGAUAACUCUGAUUGUUCACUUGGAGAAAAUGUGUGAACUGUUUGCAUUACUACUUCAAAAUUUCAGUAGAACCUCAUCAGCAAAACACCGUGGGAAAUUAUAUCCAGCCAACU